GGGCAGCCCUGAAUCAGGCCACGCACAUUUCAAGUUUCUUUCCGAAGAAUACAGUUCUUUCUGAAUAAUUAUUCAAGGUAGCUGGCUAACUCCUUGAUCCUGCUUUGUGGUAUACCCCUCUUGUGUCUUUGUCUGCUGGAAUUCCCUCAUGAACCCUGACAUGUCUGGUCCUACCUGGCCGCCUCCGAAGGCUCCGGAUAGCCCGGAGAGACCCGUCCCCCUGAUAUCCGACUCCGGACCAGCCGUGUACAGACAGCAGCCCAAGAAGGUCUCCUCGGACACCCGGCCCAAGUAUGUGGUCCAUGUCCAGAACAGAGGAGGAGGAGGAAUGGCCACUAGGUACAUGGCUACUAGUCCCACAGCUGGGCCCAUGCAGCACCACCACCAAGAGGACCCAGGGUUUCACCCUAAAUCUAUUGACCACUACUACCAACCACCUCCCCACCGGCUCAAAGAAGACCAAUCCUUGAACCCUCACAUGGACCGCUACCAGCUGAUGCACCAGGGACCUCCUGAGAAGCCGAUUGGACACCAUUCCAUCAUCGAUGCAGAGAUUGACUCGCUCACCUGCAUGCUGGAUGAUCUGGACAGCUACUCACAAAACAGCACACAGCUGUACGACAACGUGCCUUACAACAAACACAUCACAGGGGACCACUACAAACCCUCAGCCCAGCCAGGAGCACCCUCUCAGGGCAGGUUGUUCAAGGGUCUCCCACCUCACCCCCAACACCAGUACCGUCCUACACCCCCAUUCCCCAGAGAUCCCCUGUACUUCACCCAGCCAGACUACGCCGAUGCCCAGGUCUCCAAACCUUACCCCCAGCCUGUCCCUUCCUCCUACACUACAGCCUCCACCACUACUCGCCCGAGGAUUCGCGUCCAGGACAAAACAGCCCAGCCUGUAACCUACUCCCAGACUGGUAGGCAAGCUGAGCAGGGUUACACCCCUCCCCCACACCACCAGCACGCUUUGUGGCCCUCGCCCCAGAAUCAGACUGUCCCUCAUGGCUGGUACCCUUCCAACCCUGCUUCCCAAGCCCAGGAGCUGCACUCUGAGAGGCGUUACAAGGGGAGUGCCGCAGGGUCUGGAGGGAGAGCUACCCAGUGCCCCUCGUCCAAUAGAGGCACAGAGACUAAAAAAUCAGGGUCAUGUUCGGCACCACGCUCCGCCUGUCAGCCCAGUAAGCAGGGGACAGCAGCUUUGAGACCAGAGGAGGAGUUGGACCAGCUCACUAAGAAGUUUGUGUAUGACAUGAAUCAUCCCCCUGCCAAAGAAUACUUUGGUCGCUGUGCACGUUGCGGUGACAACGUCCUUGGCGACGUUAGCGGCUGUAUCGCCAUGGAGCAGGUGUUCCACGUGGAGUGUUUCACUUGCGUCACCUGCCACGCCUGUCUCAUGUGGAAACCGUUCUAUGCCUUGGACAAGCAUAGCUACUGCGAGAGCUGUUACAUUAGUACCCUAGAGCGCUGCUCCAAGUGCUCCAAACCCAUCCGGGACUAUAUCCUGCGGUUCAUGGGCAAGGCCUACCACCCGCGCUGCUUCAACUGCGUGGUCUGUGGCUGCUGCCUGGACGGCGUGCCCUUCACCCUGGACGCCACCGCUCAGAUCCACUGCCUAGACGACUUCCACAGGAAGUUUGGCCCUUGCUGCUCAGUGUGUGGCCAGGCCAUCAUGCCUGAGCCGGGCCAGGAUGCGGCGGUCUGUAUUGUGGCACUGGACCGCAGCUUCCACGUCAACUGCUAUGGGUGUGAGGAGUGUGGUCUGCGCCUGUCGUCUGAGGGUGAGGGGCGAGGCUGUUACCCCUUGGACGGUCACAUCCUGUGUAAGGACUGCAGCUCCCGGCGCAUCCAGGGCCUCUCUGCCAAUAUCUCCACUGACUGCUAACCAACUAUAGGAAGUCACCUUCUACCUUUAACCUAUGACCCCCUCAACCCUUCCAUUACUUUCACCUGCUCUGGGGUAGACGUUAGAGAUCUGGAAUCAGUCCUACUCCUCUGAUACAUAACCUUAACCACAAGGGGAAUGUAAACCUGACUGUGUCUAAGGGCAUCUUCAUCCCCCUUCAAUUUCAUCCUCUCAGCCUUUCUUUAUUCUUCAGAUGCCCAAAGCUGAAGAAUCAGUAGUAGUUGGCCUAUUGAACAUCAAUAUGACAGUCUUCAAUAUGAAGUCAUUAUUUAAUUUCCCUUGACCAGGUUUGUUGGAACAGGAUUACAGGUUAUUGAAACAUGGAUUGACAAAGUUUGACCCCUAUGCCUUAUCCUCUCCAUCAUACGAUCACAUUCUCUAUUCCUACUCCCGUCCCACUACACCCUAUUCCCUACCCCUUAGUCCAAUACCAGUACUGGAUAGAGCCCCUAAUAUGCACCCCCCCACUCCAUCCCAAACACUUGACGGCACCACUGCUCAACUCACACACAAUCCUUCAUGUUGCACACUGUCUCACGCACACUAUCCUUCAUGUUGCACACUCUCACAUACACACUAUCAUGCCAGACACAGGUGGGACAUGGAAGGAGCUCUAUGGAAAAUAAUGAUUGAUUGAUAUUGACUAUGUGGAGGAAUACUAUACGUACUAUAAGUAGGAAAAUGAGGUGAUAUUGAGGAAGAGGAGGAUAAUGGCGACGAAUACAAUAUCUUCCUGGCUGUGGGGUAACUGACCAGUCCAGAUAAUGGACCAUUAUAUUUUGUAUACCACUAAAGUCAAUAACAGUGCUGACCUGCCUCAAAGUGCACAUAUGCAAGGUAUUUCUGACUGAGUUCAUAUUGCAGAUGGUUUUGGUUGUGGCGAAUGUGUUUGGAGACCAAGUAGGUGUAGUCAGUGUGUUGUGCAGUCAAGCGUUUUUAGAAAGUAGAUGGAAAAAGAGAUCACUAAAGUCGAUGCUUUAUUAUUGGAUGUUAAUACGAUAUGUAGGCUGUCAUAUUAUGAUAUCUUGCACUGUAUGUCAGAACUUUAACAUUCAUAUUUUAUUCUACUGGACAGCAAUUUGUGUACUGCAUUUUAGAUAAUGUUACUUGUAUACCAGUCCAAACACCCUCUCUUUUAAAAUGUUCAUAUGUUUUUCCUUUUUUUAACAUUUGGGUUGAUUUGAUACGUUACAAUGAAGAUGAAUAAGGUGCAAUGAAAUGUUUGCCCUUAAAUCACUGAGAAACUGCGAUCUCCAUGCUGGCCACGUGGGCUGAGAACAUCCUAAUAUGGUUUUUUGUUUAAGCUUAGCCUUAGGAGUUAGAUUUGUUGGCAAUGUUUAAGUAACUCUGACGAGUUAUUCCCAAAUUGUAAUUUGUCAAUUUAGUUUGUCAUUUUGUCUUGUAAUUUAAUAACUGCUAGUAUGGUUUGAUGGGUUUGAAGCUUCUCUUCCAACUACAAGACCCUUAAAAUAUCUAUUGUUUUUUUUGGUCCAGAAUCAUGUUUUGUUUCAGUAUUUGAUUCUUCUAAGAGUGUAGGUCAAUGAGCACAAUGAUACGAAGGCCCUUGUUUUGAGCCCUUAUAAGUUGCAUUUUUCACUUAUUUAUUUAUUUCAACUCCUGUUGUGCUGCUAUUGUCACAAAGUUGAUGUUUAUCUGUGAUUAUGAGGGUAAGGGUCAUCACUUUGUUUUCACUGUGUAAUUUUGUUCCACAGCAUCCUAUUGAUAAGUACUGCAGAAUAAUCAUUUGUCCAUGAGAGGAAUAGACUGAGCAGGUGGUUUGUACAAUUUGACUCAAGUUAUAAGUAGGUGUGUGUGAAUGAUUAGCUUCUUUUUCCCCUUUUAAUACCGAUUUGUAGUAUGAUCAAAGACAAUAAACCAUCCUAUUUUUCCAGCAAACUA